AUGAAGACUCGAGGCCGAGGUUCCUCUUCCAAGUCCGUGAAAUCUCAGCAGGAGACACUUCCUGUAUCUGUUCCCACUGCCACUCCUUCGGUCCCAGCAUCAAUUCCUGCUGUCUCUCCUACUCCAGGCCGUCGUUCUAAAACCACAGCAAGAAAGAAGGUUCUUGCUCUUUCGGGUCCUAUCAGUUCAUCUGUUCUUGGUGCUUCUAGCAAAGGAGUUACGUUCCCGAAUUUGGAUGCUGAGCAAAUACCUGCCUCGGCGGUUUCACUCGCCUCUCCCAAAGAUCAAAUAAAAGUCAAACCGGCCUUGGCAAAGGGCAAACGUAAGUCCAAAGUUGUUGGGUCGAAGAAAGGGAAAAAGGCCAAAGUGACUAAAUCUAAAGGUACCAGUUCCAUCUCUGAUUCAUCUCCUUUAUCUCGUUUUAAAUUAAAGGCCAAAAUCAAUCCUCCCCCAUGCACCUCAUCGGAGGAUGUCUCUCCCGAGACGGAAGACUCUCAGCCUGAGUUGGAUCCUUCUUUGACCGAGCCCAAUCCUGAAGUUCCUCUUGAUAAUUUGGCUGAGGAGACUGACUCUGAAGAAGACCCAUCUAAAGCCUCUCCAGUUGCAUCGGACCCAAAAGGCACCACUCCUUUGGCUUUUCCUGAAUUGUCGUCCAAACUUGAUAAGCAAAAAGGUGCUCCUGCCCGUACCUCAGACCAAUCUUCUUUCAUGUUUCAUAAAGUUUAUGUUAGGGGUCAUUGGUACAAUUUUAGCCCGUCCGAAAUUACUAAGGCUCUCAAUCUCGUCCCUGUGGAGAUUGAUGAUUCUAUUGAGUUUGCAAAGGAUCAAGUUUUGUCUGAACUGGUUGGUCAGGCUAUGGUGUGGGAACCAAGCACCUCUCUUCGUGUCACCAAUCUCACUCAUUUCUAUGGUGCUCUUUUCAAGUUUGCUAUGUUUAAUUGGAUGUCUACCACACAUUCCUCUACCAUCACUCAAGAUAUGGCCUUCCUGUUGUUCAAAAUUGGUACUGGAGUCGCCAUAGAUCUUGGAGCUGUUAUCUUUGACCAAAUCAUGUCUCUUAGUGGUGCCAAACAGGCAAAGCUUUUUGGAGCCACCUUUCCUAUUGCCAUUGUUCGAAUUGAACACCCAACUUCUUUUUUUUAUCUCAAAACUGGGCAAAGUCCUAGCUUCACUCUUCUCCAGCAUUUGCAUUCAAAAUUUGAGCCAAACAAUUGA